AUGUAUAUAACGGCCUGUUCGUCUGCUACUUCUUCACUCCUCAGAGCCUCACGGUCUCGAUUUUCGUCUUCCCUAUCCUCAUCUUUUUCUUCUCUCGCUAGAAGUGGUUCUCAUUCCUCACCGGCUGUGUUCAACCAGAGCCGAUCUCUAGGAUACUCCUCGGCGUUGCGGUCCCUACGGUGCUCUGUUUCGCGGUGGAGUCACGGUGUCGAUUGGAAGUCUCCGUUGAGUCUUAGGUCGCAGAUCAGGACUGUCGCUCCUCCUGCUAUCAACGGCUUCGAACGAAAGAUCGCUACUAUGGCUUCUGAGAAUGCUUUCAAGGGUAUCCUUACCAGUCUACCCAAGCCUGCAGGUGGCGAAUUCGGAAAAUUCUAUAGCCUGCCUGCUCUGAAUGAUCCAAGGAUAG